UUUUACAAAAAGAGCCAAUUUGAGUUUGAGGAAGCAACAGCGCCCAAUAUAAUUAAUAUUUGAUCAACUUUCAAAUUGAGUCUCUGUAGUUUUUUCAGUGAGCUUCUAAAGGUUCCAAAGAGAAAUGCUUGAGCUUUUACAGAGAAACGGUUGCAUUUUAAAGUUAUUUCUGGCUUUGUUUCUGUUCUUGUCUUUGGUUGAGGUUCCAGCAGUGGAGGCUAGAAUUAGGCAUUACAAAUGGGAGGUGAAGUAUGAGUACAAGUCCCCUGAUUGCUUCAAGAAGCUGGUCAUAACCAUUAAUGGUAGAUCUCCUGGACCAACCAUACUUGCUCAGCAGGGAGACACCAUCAUUGUUGAGCUUACAAACAGUUUAUGGACAGAAAAUGUAGCCAUACAUUGGCAUGGAAUUCGACAGAUUGGAACACCAUGGAGUGAUGGAACUGAAGGUGUGACUCAAUGCCCAAUAGUGCCUGGAGACACCUUCAAAUAUCAGUUUGUGGUUGAUAGGCCUGGAACAUACCUCUACCAUGCUCAUUAUGGAAUGCAGAGAGAAGCUGGUUUAUAUGGUUCGAUCCGUGUAGCGCUUCCUGAUGGAGAAUCGGAGCCUUUUUCUUACGAUUAUGAUCGAAGCAUCAUACUUAAUGAUUGGUACCACAAGAGCACUUAUGAACACGCAGUUGGGCUGUCCUCCCUUAAUUUUUCCUGGGUUGGGGAACCUCAGUCGCUUUUGAUACAAGGAAAAGGAAGAUUCAACUGCUCUACACUGACCACUCCAAGCUUAGACUCUGAUGUUUGUAACGCAACAAACCCCGAAUGCUCCCCUUACGCAAUGACAGUCGUCCCUGGCAAGACGUAUCGACUAAGGGUUGCUAGCAUGACUGCUCUGUCUGCCCUCAGUUUUCAAAUAGAGGGCCAUAAUAUGACAGUGGUUGAGGCAGACGGGCAUUAUGUUGAGCCAUUUGUUGUGAAGAACCUGUUCUUAUAUUCUGGUGAGACAUAUUCUGUGCUAAUAAAAGCAGACCAAGACCCUUCAAGAAAUUAUUGGAUGGCAACAAAUGUGGUCAGCCGAAAUGCCACCACCCCACCUGGUUUAGCCAUUCUCAAUUACUAUCCAAACCACCCGAGGAGAUCUCCUCCGGCGGUACCCCCAGCAGGCCCUGCUUGGGACAACGUUCGCGCCCGAUUGGAUCAAAGUCUUGCCAUCAAAGCACACCAAGGCUUCAUCCACACCCCUCCCCCAACCUCAGACAGAGUGAUUGUGCUUCUCAACACACAAAACACCGUCAACGGUUAUGUCCGCUGGUCGGUCAACAAUGUCUCAUUCACUCAUCCUCACACACCUUAUCUCAUUGCCCUCAAGCAGAACUUGACUGAGGCAUUUGAUCAAACUUCUCCACCUGACGGGUAUGAUUUUGUAAACUAUGACAUUUACAAGACACCAAACAACACAAAUGCUACAGUAAGCAAUGGGAUUUAUAGGCUCCAGUUCAAUACAACAGUGGACCUUAUACUCCAAAAUGCCAACACCAGGAACCCGAAAAACAGCGAGACGCACCCGUGGCAUCUUCACGGGCACGAUUUCUGGGUCCUGGGAUAUGGGGAGGGCAAGUUUGACAUGUUCAAUGAUCCAAAGAAGUACAAUUUGGUGAACCCUAUCAUGAAGAAUACUGUGCCUGUUCAUCGUUAUGGGUGGACUGCUUUGAGGUUCAGGGCAGAUAAUCCAGGGGCUUGGGCGUUUCAUUGCCACAUAGAGUCUCACUUCUUUAUGGGAAUGGGUGUGGUGUUUGAAUCAGGAAUUGAUAAGGUGGGAAAAUUGCCUUCCUCUAUAAUGGGCUGUGGUGCAACUAGAGGAGUUCACAAGCCAUAGUCAUUGGCGCUUGUGGGUGCUUCAGUAAAUAUACCAAGCAAGAGGUUGCAAAGGAAGAAAGGGAAAAUUGAAGAACCAAGUUUAAUUACAUUCUUUGUUGUAAAAAUCUAGCACAGGAACAUUUAUUUUGUAUUCAAUAUAGGAUUGAAAUCUCUUUCAAAAUUUUGAGUUGUAUUGUAGCUCUCUGUAAAUUUUUAGGCAAAUGUUAAAAACA